AUGGACACCGCUCCGUCGCAUCCACAGCAGGGCUUCGGAAUGCCCCUCAGCAUUACCACAGACAUGCAACAGCAGCACUUUCAACAUCAGCAACCAUCGCAGGCUCAGCCGCAAGAUGCGCAGCAGCAAUCACACUCUGUCUUGGCUUCGCCUGUGUCAGCAAGACCCAUGGGCCAAUCCACGUCCAUGCAGCAGAACCUUGCGCAGCAAUCUUACUCGACCUUGCCCUCGCCCUCGCAGCCACAAGGCAAUGUGCAACAAUCUAUGCAGGCAAUGCAGCAUGCUCAAUCGCUAGCCCAGCAACAGGCCGAGCAACAGGUUCAGCAGCAGCAACAGCAGCAGCAGCAGAAUGCCCAACAAGCACCUUCGCAAGCUCAAAUAUUGGCCAUGCAUGCGUCCCAGCCCGCCCAUCAAGAACAUGCCUCAUCCAUGCCUCAAGCUGCAACAACGAUGGCGACCUCCGCCAUGACAGAUGUCUCCGCGGACAACGGCGUAUACGCCCAGAGGCCGUCCAUGUCACUUCAUCAACGAUCUCUGUCCUUGGGCGUGCACAUGCAUCAGAUGUCCCAACACUCCAUGCCGCAGCAUUCGAUCCCUGCCUCUGCCGAAAGUCUGCAGUCGUUCGGAUGGCCCUCUGCACCUUCGCAAAACGAGCUCUUGAUGUCGGCCGCGCCGGCGCAAGCCACCGAACGCUUCCCCUCGAGCCAUCACCGAGCCGCUUCGCACAGCAUGGCCCACAACCCAGGUCUGGGCAUGCAGGCACUGGGCAUGAACAUGCAAACUGUUCCUUUGUCGCCCUUCGAUAUGACACACGCACAGGCUCAAAGCAACGCCCAGGCCCAAUCUCAAUCUCAGGGCCAACUUUCCACUCAGGCGCAGGUGCACGCCCAAGCCCAGGCGCAAUUGCAAGCGCACGCUCAGCUGCAGGCACAGGUGCAAGCCCAGGCGCGCGCCCAGGCUCAAGUCCAGGUGCAGGCUCAGCUUCAGGCGCAAGCCCAAAUGCAAGCACAAGCACAGCAAGCGCAAGCAGACGCUCAAGCAGCGGCGAUCCGAGUGGCCUCCGCUUCGACGCAGCAACCCGCCUCGGAGCAUAAUGAACUGAUGAACCAGAUCGCCAAGCUGCUUGACGACGUUGUCCUGCAAGCCAAAUCAGCGCGAGAGUCAUUCCACAACGGUGACGGCAUGAGCAGCAACCGCUGCCUUGGCGAUCUGCAGAAGGAUCUGCAACACAUCCAACAUCUUUCGCAUCAGAAGUUCGCAGCGGCAGCGUCGGCGCCACCGGUAGCCAUGACCGCGCCGCCCACGCAGUCAGCCACCCAGCCGCAAGGUCUGGCCCCGGCCUUGUCUCUGGAGCAGAGAGCACCCUCGCAACAACAGCAGGCUCAAGUACAACACGAGACGCAGCCCCUGCCCAACCUCACGCUCAGCCAGAUGAAGGGCGCAGAUAGCGAAAUGUUCCAGAGCGGCCAGGUCAGCCCCAUCGCUCGCAAGCGACCCGUGCAGUCCGACAGCGACUUGCUCGAACAACCCUUCAAAUCGCUGCGAUCAGAGACGGCAACGCCUCUCAAUCCCCCUCAGCCCCCUCCGUCGGCGCCGCCGGCAGCCUUGAGCAGCAUCGCGACGGGCUUGUCUCACUUGCAAGCCCCGAUGCCUUCUCAAAGUGCUCCACCCAGCGAGACGGCCAACGGUGUCAAUUUUGGUCAGCCGCAGACGCUGCUCGCCCAGGCCACCGCUGCGCUGCCCAACGGAGUGCAGUCUCUCAACGCAUCUCCGAGCACGCCUCAAACCCCUUUCGAAUUUCCGCAAGGUCAUGGUCUGGCCAUCUUCUCGAACGGCGAUGCCAUGACGCAGUCCAUGCCAUCGAGCCCAGCGAUCCGUCAAGAUGGCCACAUGCGCGGUGGCUCGUUGCACGACGCUAUGACCAUGACGCCGCAGCACGGACAGAAGCAGAUGAGCGCCAUGGAGUAUUCGAACAGCGCCGAUCGAGGUCAGUCCAAGAUUGCACGCAGCGCUCUGCAGAUGUCGGCCAUCUCGAGCUCUAACACCUCGGCAAAUCAGUCGGCCUUGGACUCGGGCGCCUCCUCGCCCGAAGAAGAGUCCUUCAGCAACGAAGAUAGCGGAGACGAGGAUGUUCAGGCUGGCGACGCGAGUGAAGCCCACUUCACCAAGCACCGUCGACACAGAGGCAGCGGCUUCCUCUCGAGCGGGGCUUCGUUCGACUUUGGUGGCGCAGACGACGGUGGCGCAGGAGACGCCUCCAUGGCGAGUGCCGACAAGAAUGGGCCCAGCGCUGCCCUGUCUCCCGAGCUUCGCAACAAACUCGAGACCAUCUUCCACAGCUUCCUCACCGCCGUCUGCUCCGAUCUCGAGAUUACCGAUGACCGCGGCGAGCUGUUGCAUCAGACGCUCAUGCCCAAGAAGAUGGCGAGGCUGGACGAGUCGCCUGACUUCCGUCCGUUCAAAUUUCGCAUCCAGGCCUUCACCAACGCCUUCCAAGCCGAAGUAUACCGCAACGGCAUCACCGAAGCCGAGUGCUCGAUCAAGAAGAUCAAGCAGUUCCUCUGGACGCAGCCUUACAUCUCGCGCUUCAACGAGGACGGCAAGAAGGCCAAGUCCAAGGGCAAUCACAUCUGGAUCGUCGAGGCCAAGAAGAUCCCGGAAGGCGGCUGGGAGUUCCGCGAGUUCAGCCGCAAAAUCGCCGGCGCGCCUGAGAAGAUUGCGUACGUUGGCCUCAAGUGGACUUGGCCGCUCAAGGUGUGGGACCCACAGGCGUCGUCGACCAGCAUCAAGGCCGUGUUCUCGUGCAACAAGGUGCCCUCUUGGCUUCAGUGGGAGGAGAACAACCGUGUCCUCUCUGGUACGCCCACGGCAGGCAGCGAGAGUGGAGAGGUGAGCGUCACUGCUCACUACGUACACGCCGGUCAGCUGCAUCAACUCCAGCACUCGUUCUACCUCCAGGUCGCCUCGAUCGCCGCGGACGAGCUGCAGGCCCACGACGCCGGCCCCUCGGCUGGCUCCACAGCGCUAGCGGCCCAGCUCGCCUCGACAAACGGUGCAGGCGCCCCUGUCGCUCCUGCUGUUAUGACGGGCGCCCCCGUGGUGCCUGAAAUGCUGCCCCACGAACUGCAGGCGGGCUUGCUCGCUCCCGGCGUGGCCUUCAUCAACGGUCAACCGCCCGCCAACUUCCCGAGCGAGUCGAUCAACCACAGGAUUGUGGAGCCAUCCAAGGUGCCUGCCGUGCUUAACGCCAUCUCCUUCCCCUUUACGCCGCCCACCCACGCCGAUGCGCGCCCGCAGUACUUCCAGUCGCUGUCCAACGAAGCAGCCAUGCUGACGCCGCAGCUCUCCGAGAUCGCCAACACGGUGCCUGACGCGAUGCGAUCGACUUCGCAACUCAAUUCGGCCAUGCCUUCGCCGAUGCCGCCUCAGAUGAUGCACAGUCCGUUCGCUUCCGCCCAUCAGAUGGGAGCGCCGCAGUCUAUGCAGGCGCCCGCCUCCUCGCAGGCACUGCAACAGCAGACGCAGGCGAACGUGGCCAUGCCGCCGCAAUCCGCGCCCAUGGUGGCUUCGCAGCCCGAAGGACAGCAGCUGAACAACGGCGUCAAGGCCUCGAGCGAGGAAGUCCAGGUGCACCAGGUGCGCAGCAUGAUCGAGAGGAAGCAACAGGCCCAGGCCGCCAACUUUAUGCUCUCGAUCCCAUCGCGCAAGGCUGCUAUCGCUGCCGAAGCCGCGCGCCCCGUGUCCGGGCAGACGACGCCCAUGUCGUCGAUGCCGACGGAUAUGGCGGCGCAUCUGCCAGCCUUGAGCUCGCUGCCCCCGAACGAAUCGCUGGCCAGCGGCAUGCCACCCAGCGCCAUCAAGGGCGAUCCCAUGCUUUCGCCUGCCUUGAAUGUCGGCUUUGACGCGCUCGGCCAGGCUGGCAUGUCUCUCGGCCUACAGAGCGACCAGACCAACCCACACCAGCAAGGUUGA